CGUAUCAAUUGCACAGGGCUGGGCUUAAGGCCCUCUAUUCUACUUUAGCAUUACUUUGGUGUUGUAGGCCCAUCUAAUUGGGGUUUUAUCGUAUCUUCCUUGUAGUGUCAUCUAUCUAAAAAAAUAUCAUAUGUCAUGUUGUUAGGGUUUCACCCUUUCGCCGUCCAGGAUAUUGUGUUGGAACUUUCUUGAUUCAAUACGAUAACUGUGUUCUUAUCAUCUGGUAUCGAAGACAGGUUUAGUGUUGCGUAUGGUCUUAACCAGGAAACAGAAAGAAGCCAUGGAAAAGGAGUUAGUAAAGGUGGAUCAGAGAUUUCAAAGUAUGGAACAACAGCUUGAUGCUCGUUUUCAAAAGACAGAGCAACAGAUUCAGCGGGUGGUCUAUCUGGUCGCAAGAUUGGGUGCUAAAAAGGAACAGUUGACGGGCAAUCCGUUGAGUAUUCCGGAGGAAGACGAGAAGAAGAAGGCGACAUACAGCCAAGACCGAGUUCCUAAGGCCAACGUUACUGAAAUUAGUAGGCGCACAGAGGUGGGUUUCCUUCCUAAGGGAACUAGAAUGGAUUUUCUGAAGUUUGAGUCGGGCGACCCUAUAGAAUGGGUCUACUGUGUGGAGCAGUUUUUUGAGUUCAAUCUCACUCCUCUAGAACUGCAGAUUUGGUUCUCAUCUUCUUAUCUCCGUGGCGAAGCAUUGCAAUGGUUUAAGUGGAUGAACAAUAUAGUAAAGAGGGACGGAUGGGAGCAGUUUUCACAAGCGUUGCAUACUCGGUUUGGACCCAGCCAGUUUGAUGACUACGUAGAGAUUCUUGGCAAAAUUAAGGCAUACAGGUUCCAUUAGGGAUUAUCAGAAGGAAUUCGAGAAAUACUCUAACAUGGUGAAUGGGUUACCAGAGUCAUUCUUAAUCAGCUACUUUAUAGGGGGAUUAAUUGAUGAAAUUCGCAUAGAUGUUAAGAUACUUCGUCCUUCUACAUUAAUUUCUGCUAUUGGUUUAGCCAGGUUAAUCGAAGAUAAGCUGAAAGCAACUCGAGGAAGAACUGGUCUUGCUUAGUUCCCAGGUAACGUAGUUUCCAAAUCACAAGAGGCCAAGAAUAUUGGCUCGUUGCCACCUGUUAAACGUUUAUCUCCUACGGAGAUGGAGGAGAGGAAGAAGAAGCAACUAUGCUAUAAUUGUGAUGAGAAGUGGAUUGCAGGGCACAAGUGUAAACAAAAGACCUUGUUCUUGCUGGAAGAGAGAGAGAAGGACAGUGAGGAAGCAGUGCUGGUGGCUCAGGAAGUGAAGUGAGAAGCGAACCAGCUAUUCCAGAAGUUUUGCAUAUUUCCAUUGCUGCCUUAGGUGGUUCUACACCUCCGCAGACUAUGAGAGUUACAAUUUAUAUCAAGAACCAACCUUUCACGGCUCUAAUUGACUCGGGAAGUACACAUAAUUUCUUACAUCCUCGCAUUGUUACAAAACUGGGGUGUAGGCUGGAAAAUGGAGAUGAUAUGGAGGUCAAGUUCAAUCUAGUGGAGGCUCAAAAUAGAAUGAAACAAAUUGCUGACCAGCGACGCACGGAGAGGAGUUUUGAGGUUGGAGAUUGGGUGUUUCUUAGACUACAGUCCUACCGUCAACACUCGGUAUAGCGGAGAAGCAACAUGAAGCUAGCACCCAGGUUAUGGGCCGUAUGAGAUUCUACAGAAAAUUGGGACUGUGGCGUAUAGAAUCAAGUUGCCUGAAGGUUCAAAGGUGCAUCCAGUUUUUCAUAUUUCCUAUCUUAAGAAGGUGAUAGGGUCCAAGGUGAUAGUGAUGCAAGAACUGCCACAGUUAGACGAAGGAGGGGAGUUAUAGUUGCAGCCUAUGCGUUUUUUGAAACAGAGAAUUGUUAAAAAAAGUGGUAGAGAGCUUAAGGAGUUUUUGGUUCAAUGGGUGGGGUUGCCUAUGGAGGAUUCUACUUAGGAGGAAACUACCACGCUGUUCGAUCGUUUUCCACACAUGCAAUCUUGGGGACAAGAAUUGGGCUUUCAAGGAGACGGGAAUGUUAAGAGGUCCAGCAUAUCAGUUGCACAGGGCUGGGCUUAAGGCCCUCUAUUCUGCUUUAGCAUUACUUUGGUGUUGUAGGUCCAUCUAAUUGGGGUUUUAUCGUAUCUUCCUUGUAGUGUCAUCUAUCUAAAAAAAUAUCAUAUGUCAUGUUGUUAGGGUUUCACCCUUUCACCGUCCAGGAUAUUGUGUUGGAACUUUCUUGAUUCAAUACGAUAACUGUGUUCUUAUCACAUAAUUUAGUGUAGCUGGUUACUACAUUCAAAUUUUGAUUUACUGAUUUUGGUACAUCAAAGUAAGACCUUUUUUUCUUUUGAAUUCCUAUAUUAUUGGCAUUUAAGAUAUAUAUUUUUUCCUUUUAGUUCUUUCUCCUUUGUACAAUUGCGCGUUUAGCAUGCGGAAAUGUCUUGAUGAUCAGAUAUAGCAAUGCAGAAAUCAAGUCAAGUUAGAUUGUCUAUCAUGCGUUUUGACUUUUGACGCUUGGAUGAUGUGACUAUUACAUUUGCUAGAGAUUGUUUGAAAUUUUGAGAUUUUGGCUUUUGUCCUGAAAUAGUAUUGACUCACUCUUGUGCUCUUUAUCAGCCUUAAGUUUUCUCUGAACCCUAAUUUUUCGUGUAUGUGGAGCUAGAAUGGUUUUUCUCAUAUGUUUUAAAACCCACAAGGACAAUCCAGAGUAGUUUCUGUUUCAAAAUAUAGAUAACUGCAGAGAGAAAAAUUUCCCUCUACAAGUUAAUGGAUGUGAGCCCACUUAAGAGUAGACUGUUAUUUGCUUUAUAAAGUUUAGAGUUUAUUGAUCAUGGUGGUAUCCUUGAAGGGAAAACUUUUAUGAUGGAUAUUAAUUUCUCAUACCUAAUCUGUGUCAGAAUAUGCUGUGUACAUUUGUUAGAACCCUUGAUACUCUUGGCAACACUGUUUCAAUCAGUUUUGCAUAUAUGUUCACCCUCCUCCUCAUCCUCCUCCUUGGCUUUAUAAUUCAUAGUAAGAUUUGUCAGUGGUGGUUUUCUCAUUAAACUUCUUGUACAUGUUUGUACCUCUCAUAAGAUAGGGAGCAAGGAAUUUUGUUCGACACAGGACCAUAUAAAGUGUUUGAAAAAAAAAUCAAAUAUAUAUGUAAGCUUUCUCUCUUACUGCAUUUAAAAGAAUGUGCUUUCUCAUACGGGUUAAUACCACUUUUGGCCACUGAAAGAUGGCCCGUGUUCCAAAUUGGUCUCUGACUCUCAAAUUGUGCCAGUUUAACCAUCUAAAGUUCAAUUUGUUCCAAAUCAAUCACCCGGUCAGAAAUUGCUCAAUUUCGGUCAGUCAACCUGCCUGCGUGGUAGGUUGAUCGUUAACCACUGUUAAAAAUUGUUGAUAUGGCAGACAGAACUAAAACAGAGUUUAACGUUUGUAUCUGUGAGAAAUAAUAAAAAGCCAAAAAAGAAACUCUUGCUAAUUUGCCUCCAACUUCACGAAUGAAACCCUAGUCACUCUCUCAAGUUUGAAUAGCUUCUCUUCUCUACGAUUCCGGCCUUGAACUGGGAUCAACAGCGCGACAGGCUUCAUCAAUGCUUUUCUAGCCAUUUUUGCAUCAUCUUCUGUUUAGAGCCAUCAACGAAACCAAUUCAGAUUUUGGGUAUUAUGGACAAGCCAAAAUAUAUACCAAGGAGACCCUUGACUAGGUCAAGUAAUAGGCUGAAAAGGGUAGGUCGCAAUGAUGGUUUUAGUGGUGUCGUGACUUUAGAUGAUGAAGACGAUGAGGUGUUGGAUUCAUACAUGUCUACUUUAGAGAAAACUGAUAGCGCUAAGGGCCAUGACAAAGAUGUGAUUGGGGGUGAUGAUCAGGGGGGUGUUGAGGCAGGUGGUACUGAUGAACAUCAUGGUUUUGAAGAGGGGGGAUGAUGGAUAUGGUGAUGAUCAGGGGGUGUUGAGGCAGAUGGUGUUGAUGAACAUCCUGGUUUUGAAGAGGGGGAUGAUGGAUAUGGUGAUGAUGAUGAUGAUGAGUUGGAUGAUGGAUAUGAUGAUGAUGAACAGCUGGAUGAUGAUGAAUAUGGUGAUGGUGAUGAUGAAGAGCUAGAUGAUGAACAUGCUGUUAAUGGUGCUGGUUCUAAUCAUGGUGAUGAAGCCUUUGUGGAUGUUCUUAUUGGGGAUCAAAUUGGUGGUAAAAAUGAUGAUGAAGAUUCAGAUUUUAGAUUAGAGUAUGAGUCUGAUAAUGAAGACAUUUUGUUGUUUGAGGAUGACAGUGAUGGAGAAAUUAGAAGGACAUCUGUAAGGAAUCCAAAUUAUUUAGGGGAAUCAAAAUUUGAACUAGGAAUGAAAUUCACCUCAAUCAAAGAGUUUAAGAAUGCAGUGAGAACUUAUUCAAUUGAAGGAGGAUACCAAAUCCAUUUUGUUAAGAAUGAGAAGCAUAGAUGCCAAGCUAAAUGUUAAAAGGGAUGCCCUUGGAUGAUAUGGUGUUCUCAAAUUGGUUCUAUUAACACUUACCAGAUCAAGACUUUAGUGAUGAAACAUAGGUGUACUAGAAAGCUUUAUUACAAACAAGCCAACAGUGACUGGCUUCGAUGGAAGUUUGUUGACAAGCUUAGGAGAGAUCCAAAAGCAAGUGCUGCAAAGUUGGUUUACUAUGCAAAAGAAAACAUGUCUAUAGACAUUUCUAGGACACAUGCAUAUAGGGCAAAGAAGAAAGCUUUAGAAAUCAUUGAUGGAAAGCAUGUAGAACAGUAUGGCAAACUUAGGAGCUACAUGGUAUAAGUGAUUAGGACUAACAAAGGAAGCACAUGCAACAUUGCUGUGGAAAGGUCAAUUCCUGAGGAUCCAGCUGUAUUCAAGAGGGCAUACAUGUGCUUAGCCCCUCUCCAAGAUGGGUUCCUAGCAGGUUGUAGGCCUUUCAUUGGCUUGGAUGGUUGCUUUUUGAAAACAGUUUAUGGUGGGCAGCUACUAACUGCUAUUUCACAAGAUGGUUGUAAUGGUAUCUUCCCUAUAGCAUGGGCAGUUGUUGAGAGGGAGAAUGGAGAUUCAUGGGAGUGGUUUCUAAGGAAUUUGUUAAUGGAUAUAAGAGGAUUUGAUCAAAGAAGAUGGUGCUUUAUAUCUGAUAGGCAGAAGGUAUGGAAUUUAAUCUUGAGUUGUGCACUUAAUCUUAUAGUUUCUAUAUGG